GGCGAGGAGCUGCGGGGUGGGGAGGAGCCCAGAGCCCUUAUGCAGGCUUGAGUCGAGGCCAGGCCUAUGGAGACUGGAAAUAAUAAUAAAGAAAAAGCAUGUGACUGCCUGUUUCCUUGUCAGGUGUUGGGUGAUAGCUUGUUCAGGGAUUUGCUGGUGUGGGCUCUAAUAAAAAGGCCAUUGCUGAUAGCUGGUAUUUAAAAUUAAGUAAAACUAGUAUAGGGCACAGUGCUUUCCUGUGUUUUCCUCUUCUCCGCAGCACAUAUUGUGAGAAAGGACUAGAUUAAAACCAAAGUAUAUCUGCAUAAAGGAAAGUGAAGCUAGAUAUGUUUGUUGAAAGAGAGUCGAACUGAGGAAAUGACACUUCACCUGUAUGUGUUUGACCAUGUGCCUCCCAGUGGGCCGAUGGUUAUGAGAGGAGACAGCUGUGGUUCAAGGGCAGGAGUAAAGUGUCGAGGUUGGGUGUUCUUUGUCCUGUUUGCUCCCAUUAAACUCUUUCAGUUUUAAUCCAAUAUUUUUUUUUUUUUGCACUAAACUGUUUUGUAACACUUAAGAUCAUUGGAUUUUGCUUCAGAGGGAAUGGGAUGGUUAAAAUGCUGAGGGAUUUCCUGCCUCUUGUGCUAAUUAUGAUGAAAUUAUUUUUCUUAAAUGAAGGCCUUAGUUUUGAGUGGAUUGCUGGCUGGUUUCUGGCUAGUGAGCUGAGCUUCUACCUGGUCUCGUGUGCUUUGUGCUGGGCACUGGAGCAGAGGGCAGCGGCCUCGUCAGCCUUGUGCUGAGUGUGUUCAUGUUAGUCUGCCUUUAUGCACGCAAAACACAACACUUUGCACUAGUUUCUUCUCUAAUAUCAAGCACUAGUUAGCACUGACCAUAGAUGCAAGAAAGGCUCCUUCCCCUUCAGAUUUAUCACUGUUUUCCACAAAGGAAAGCUAGAUUGAAGGAUUUGCAGUGGCCAGAGCUGUAAUGCUGAGUGCAGGAAAGGGGUUUUGCGUGCAAGCUGAUGUUAAACUCAUUACUAGGGUCCCUUCAGCAAAGGGAUAUUAUUGAGGGUGCCAGCGAGGGGGCUCUCCCAGUCACACAAGUUUGGUGGAAGAAGGUGUGAGGGUUGGCUGUUGUGAGUGCUCCCUUGCAAUGCUGCCUUUGCUUGUGGCUUCCCACUCUCUGUACUUUGAGGGAGAUGGAUUAAUACUGCCAUAAGCAGAUGGAAGUAUUUCUGGGACACUUGUUUAGUUUGUAUGGCUUGUGGUAUGUUCUUUUGUGACUGAAGGAUACUUAUAUUUAAGUGUUUAGAGCUAUAUAGUCAGCAGAAUAUUCAGAGGUCAGAGAAGAGCCAAAGCAGCAGCCAGCUCCUUCACUUUCUAUGUAAUGCAUGAAGGGCGAUGGAACCUGUGAACCUCCUAGUUGCCAAAUACCCUUAUCCAUGGCAACCCUCAUUUAUUUUCCUCAUUGGUUGCAAAUCAAUCCAAGAAUGAGCAAAUGCAAGAAGCCUUAUGUUAGCCAGACUACGAACACUGAAAAGUUCAGUCCUGAAAUAAUUUCUGAAAUUGAGAAGCUCUUUGCAAAGAAGUUUACUUACACUAAGCCAGUGAAUAAUGAAUGGCAGCUCCCAGAUCCCAGUGAUGCUUUUACAUGUGAUCACAAGGAAUUCAAUUCGCUUCUGGCUCUGAAGGACUCAAUGAAUGAUGUGAAGAAUCAGCUGAGUGAUAAGAACCUGGAUGAAUGGCAUCAGCACACCUCAUUUACCAAUAAAGCAGGGAAAAUAAUUCCUCAUGUGAAGAAAUCUGUGAAUGCUGAGCUGUGUACCCAGGCCUGGUGCAAGUUUCAUGAGAUUCUGUGCAGUUUUCCUCUUCUCCCUGAAGAAGCUCUUCGGGAUGGAGAACUAAAUUCUGUCCACCUCUGUGAAGCACCUGGAGCUUUUAUAGCCAGCCUCAAUCACUACUUGAAAUCCCACCAGGUGCCUUGUGACUGGAACUGGGUAGCCAAUACUCUAAACCCCUAUCAUGAAGCAAAUGACACCCUUAUGAUGAUCAUGGAUGAUCGUCUCAUAGCAAAUACGUUGCCUUGGUGGUACUUUGGCCCAGAUAACACGGGUGAUGUGAUGACAUUGAAACAUCUAACAGGACUUCAGAACUUUGUAAGUAAUAUGGCCACAGUUCACUUGGUAACUGCUGAUGGCAGCUUUGAUUGCCAGGGAAACCCAGGGGAACAGGAAGCCCUUGUCUCACCCCUUCAUUACUGUGAAACAGUCACUGCUUUAAUGAUCCUGGGCACUGGAGGAUCCUUUGUUUUGAAGAUGUUCACGCUGUUUGAACACUGUUCUACCAAUCUGCUCUUUCUGCUAAACUGUUCCUUUGAGGAGGUCCAUGUUUUCAAGCCAGCCACUAGCAAAGCUGGAAACUCGGAGGCUUAUGUGAUUUGUCUUCGUUAUAUGGGCAGAGAAAGCAUUCAUCUGCUGCUUUCUAAGAUGAUACAGAACUUUGGAGCAGAGAUGGUCAACAAAGCACUCUUUCCCCAGCAUGCAAUACCAGAAUCCUUUCUUAAAAUACACGAGGAGUGUUGCAUGUUCUUCCACAAGUGCCAGGUAGAGACAAUCUCUGAGAACAUACAUCUCUUUGAGUGCAUGGAAGAAGCAGAGCAGAUGAAACUGAACAAGUUAAGAGAUUGUGCAGUAGAGUUCUUCAUGCAAAGACUUCAUAUGAAACCCAUUGCCAGAAAUAACUGGCUUGUCAAGAAAUCUCAGAAUGGUUGCAGCAUGAAUGCAAAAUGGUUUGGGCAAAGAAAUAAAUAUUUUGGUACAUACAAUGAAAGGAAGAUGCUGGAAACCCUUACAUGGAAUGAUAAAGUGGCAAAGGGCUAUUUUAAUCACUGGGCUGAAGAACAUAGUUUAAAUAAUGCUGGUAAAAUGUGCAUCUUGGAAGGAUCGUCUUCUAACCUUGAGUGUAGCUUGUGGUACAUUUUGGAAGGAAAAAGACUACCAGUGGUAAAAUGUUCUCCAUUUUGUGAUGGUCAAGUCUUGGAAAACCUUAAUGAAGCUAUGAAUGAAUUGAUGGGGGGGAAGCUGAAAAGCAGAAGAAUGCUACAGCCUUGUCACUCAUGUGAAGUUCUGCCUGGGGAACUGAUCCUGGCAGAAGUGUCUGAUCUUGCCAGGUGUCAUCAGGAAGCCUUAAAUGAAAGGUGUAGAGACCGAUUCAAGUGCCUUGUGGUGGACUUGCCAUCCCUCUGUGAUACUGAAAGCCAACCCAGUAUGGAAAUAAAGCUCCUGGAUUCAGCCACACUGUUGACUUUCAGCUUCUCUUUGCUUUAUGACGGAGAACCAAAAUACCAGCAGCAGCUUUUGGAAUGUGUUCUGCAUUCUCUGAAUCAGCUUACAAUGGGAGAUGCGUUGAUUUUGCCUAUCCUCUCUUGUUUCACACGCUUCACAGCUGGCCUGGUCUUUAUAUUGCACUGUUGCUUUAGAUACAUCACGUUUGCCUGUCCCAUCUCCUAUGAGCCACUAAGGACAAGUGCUGCUUUGCUGUGCGUUGGGUACCGAGGCCUCCCAAGUCCAGCUGUUGAAUAUCUGCAGCAUCUGAAUAAACUAAUAAGCUCUUUGGUAGACACGGAAUCUCCCCAGCAAGUUCUGCAGUUUGUGCCCAUGGAGGUUCUCCUCCAGGGCAAGCUGUUGGAGUUCUUGUGGGACUUGAACACGGCCAUUGCAAAGAGACAGCUCCACUUGAUUGUGCAAGCAAAGCAGCAGCAAAUGACUAGUGAUAUUUCACUUUAGAAUAAUUCUGGAACAGCAGAAGUUGUUGCUGCUAGACCUUGUGUCACAGGCAGAUAGUGUUAAAAACAAUGUUAAUGAGAAAGUAAUGUUGUUGUCAAACCUUAGUGUGACAUUUUUAGUGUUGGGAGGAUGUUUUGAGCUAUCUAUCCCACAUACACCCUAUUGACCUGUUGGAUUGACCUGAGGCUUUGACCUUGGGCAUGGGAGACUCGGCAGGGACUGAAGCAUCCCAGUGCACUCCAGGCAAAUUUCUUUGCGGACCAUGUAGACCAGAACUGUGACCUUCAUGCUGAGAGGUGCUAUGGUGAGCUAUACCUCUUGCAUCAGGCCACAAGAUGGUAGAUCUUGUGUGACAUUAGCCCUCUUCUGCGGAGCAAAAUGUGGGAGUUCUGACUCGCCUGCGUAUGUUCCCAGGACUUGUAGAAGCCAAAAUGUGAGACUUGGGCCAGACCGCUCAGCAGUGUGCAAGCCUGAUGUAAUACUUGAGGGAUGAGUAUCUUGUGAGCAGGCAGCUGCCUCACGAAGGCUGGGUUAGAAAUGACUGCCUGUAAGCAGUAACAGAGAUGUCCAGCGAGAGAUGCUCUUUGAUUUUAAUUUCAUUUGAAGAGCAGCCAGCUGUGUAUGGUUUUUGACAGGUUGUGUGGCUUUGUCUCCCCAUCAAUGAACAGGCUGUUAUAACCUUAUUUUUACAUGGCUUAUGAGUCCAUAAAAUUAUUUAGGACUCCUAGUACCAGUGAAGACUUACAUCUGUCAAUGGCAGCAGCUAUUAAUGAGGAAUUACAAAUUUUGGGGGGGCUAAAAACAUGAAUAUUCACAGUUCUUGUAUAUCAAUAAAUGCUCUGGGUACCACUGGAGGAGCAUUAAGCUGAAUAAAUACAUGAAAAUGUUCUUUAGGAAAGUAUGAUUAAGAUUUCAGUUGGUUCCUCUCCUAAGGAUAAAAAUGCUGAAAUUGGUAACUAAUUGUUCCUUUAAGGGAGUCAGAUUUUAUUUUCCAUAUCGCUCCUUUGAGAGCCAAGUUUUGAGGCCUAACUUGUGUAGAUUAACAUUUAGUUUAAAGUUUGUAGUAUAUGUGGAAAAACCUACUUAGAGGGAGAAUGAUGUUUAAAGAAAAAAUGGCUUUUUUUUGUUCAUAGGUGCAAAAUCUCAUAGAAAAAGGUUGAAAGAGUGGAGUUAGUAAAAAGGAAAAUGUAGUCUCCUGAUGUAUUACCAAUCACCUUCUGGAAGCACUUCUAAUUAUAUAAUGUGGGAGCUUGAAGGAUAAUUGAUGACUGGUCAGGGAGUGAAAGCACUGCUGAGAAACUGUUUGGUCUGGAGUUGCUGCACAUUUAAUAGGCUUUCUUGCCACGUUGAUUGGGGCAGAGUUUAAUGCAUUUAACAGUUCAUUUUUUAUUUAAGAACUUCAUAGGUGAAUGAAUUAGUGGCUCAGAUCUGACUAAUUCAUAACAUUUUCUAAAAACUCUUGCUUUUUAUGGUUGCACAUAAAUAGAAGCUGCCUAAACAAAAGCUUCUGGGAUUGGUCGUUGUCUGUUUUAAUUUAUUUAAAUGAACUUGCCGUUUUUGCUGCAUGCUGAGUCAUGCUUCCUCUCUGACCAGGGAAGAAGGGACCAGAGGCUGCAGGUUGGGAGAUAAGUAAUAAGAGAUCCUCCUGUAAAUAAUCUUUUGUAUGUGUAAACUCAAGAGGGCCAGAAGGGCCACAGUUGUGUUUCACUGAGGGAUGCAAACAAAUACUGAAAACCAAAAUGAAGGGGGAAAGAAAUAUUUAGAAGAAUGAAUGAUGAGACAGCAUCAAAGACCAUCUGUAAAAGUUGUUGUCUGAAACAAAAAGCAGGAUAAUGGUGUUGUCCACCAAAGACACCCCGAUGCCUCUGCCACUGUUUGAGGUGAUUAAUGCUUCUGGAACUCCCACUGACCUGAAGCAUUUGAAAAGAUCUCAUAAAGCAGCAGUGUAUGGGAUAUUUCAUGUGCAUGGCCGUGCUCACACUGAUAUUCUGCUGUGGAGGCCUGAGUAGCCAGAAUCAUCUUGUCUAAUAGGUACUUAAAUUAUGGUUUUCUUACUAACGUUAGUCUAAUAUUUUUAAAUUAUUAUUUUAUAGUGAAGUAAAAUCCUGAGGUGACAGGACCAUUUUUUUCAAGCUUUCCUUGGUCUGUUCUAUACAGCUGAUGAACUAUGCAGACUUCCUUGAGAUUCCUCCUAUGCCAUCAUUCCCCAUACCACCAGUCUCCCUUUUAUCAUAAAUUUUUAGGAGAAAGUCUUGCAGAUGGUCACAGAACUUUUGGGGGCAGUUAGGACUGUCUGCUUCACGAUACGCUAGACUGACCUGGUGGGGAAACAUAAUCCAUUUGGAAGUACCCCCCUAAAAAUGUGUGCAUUUUCUCCUGUGGAAAGCCAGGUCUCUAAACUGAAGGGAAUCCAGUGUCCUCUGGAUCCUGAUUCCCCAUUUGAUCUGGAUCUUUGUUGUUUUUCGUAGACAUGGGGGGAUGACAGGAGAAAUGCUGUGACAGCAGCUGUGCCUGUUACAAAGUAUGUGCUUUGGAGAGGUGUUUUCUUUUUCUUCUUUAUUAUGAUUGUUUUAACGGCAGGGGUUUCAAAGUUAGGAGUGACACUUGUCCUUUUAAUUAUGGGAAUCCUGCAUUGUCCAAGCUGUCUUUAGACCAAAGAUUUCUUUGAGAGAAGUGACACCUAUUUUCUUUUGUGACUUUUGGAAUAUGUAAGAAUACAUGAGAAGAAUGUAUUGACCUUUGUGGAGAGGGGCUGAUGACUCCUGCUUUCAUUGAGGCUGUCAAGUUUUUGCCAUUUUGAUUUGAUUUUGGGUGACACUUGAUGUAGUGUUUUGGUAUCCUGGCUGCUUUUAAGUUGUUUUUUUAAACCUGUUUGAAGAUGAACUGGGUAUUGGUUUUCAGAAUUGGGAGCUUCACAUUUCACGCAGGAGGAAAAUAGAGGAUGUGGAGAGAAUAAGUUGGUUAUGAUGCAAUUGAGAUUCACAUGAACUUAAGGUAAAUGUAGUUUUACAAUCCUGCUGUUGCAGGUUUCCAAUACAGGACUGAUAUGUAGGCCCACUCAUUAGCUAUGAACUACAUUAUUUUUUCUGGAAACUUUUGGAUCUGUUGUUUUAAGCCAGCAUAAUGUUUUGGAAUCAGUUGUGUGAGUGCUGGAUUUAUUGGGGACUCCAGUGAGUGAAAAUACUGAUUUUCUUCUUUUGAAGUUGAAUUCCGGUAAAGACUUGCUACUAUUUUUACUGAUUUUGUGUUGCAUUUGGAUUCAUUUGGAUGUGCACAGAUUGUGUUUUUUUUGCCGCUGGGUUUCCAAUUUAAUUUCUACAAACAUAAUGAUUUAUAGUGUGAAAUCCGGUAGUCUAUUAAAACAGUACUAAUUGGUGUGUAUUCAUCUUAAUUUAAGCUGGAUCUAUCAAAUUACUGGUUGUAAAAGUAAAAUAUGUAACAGAAUUGUAUUCUAUUAGAAAAACAACUUGGUACUUAAGGGUAAAGGGAUUAAUAUUGCCUGUGUGGAAAGCAGGAGAAAAGAAAACCACACCUGGAUUUCUGGCCACUGAGAUGGGCGCUUUAGGAUGCAGGACAACAUUGAAUCCUUGGUUCACUGGAAGGAAGGGCUGACCAGUAAGUUGAAGCCUCAGCCUCUGUUACCGUCCCUAAAAACUGUCUUUUGUUGUCCCUUUAGUUAACGCUUAUUUUGAUUCUUAAUGGUGAAGUGGGGGCAAUCCUGUGUAACUUGUCUUGGGAUGCUAUGAAAUGGUGGUGUUUAUCUUUACCUGUCCCCAUUUCUCAGUUUUAAACAAGAGCGUCUAAAUUUCACCUUGUAGCCUUCGAAUAUUAGUCUCCUUUUUAGCACUCUAGUGGCUGAAGGCUGAGAUGAGGAUUUCCUUGCCAAAGUCUGGUAAUGGUUUCUCCAUCUUGCUCUUGCAACUGUUUUUGUGAAUGCCCUGCUGGCAUCCCUAGUUCUUUGUGCACGUCAGUCACUUGACAGAAAGAUCAAAUGGAGCUGUUUAUGCCAGAAAAGCGCUCAGCCUGUGGCUGUUCUUUGCUUACUCUUUAGGCAAUAAUUUGGAUUGCCAUUGAGCCCUCUCUUGUGACUCCUUAUGGGUCCAGAGCUGAUUUCAAGUCUUAAGAAUGAAAUUUGCUAAAAGAAUUAGACGGUGGCUGUAGACACUUAAAACAAGCGGAACCUUUAGGAAACAUUUAAAUGCAGGAAACUCUUCUACCAGCCGGGAGAGGCUAAUGUAACAUGCAGCUGGUGGGGUUUGUUAGCCUUUCCUUGCUAAAAAUUCUUAAAAAGAAGACUUUGAGGCAUAACCACCUGAACAAACAGUUCCCCAGUUGUGUGCUGCUGUGCUUGCACACACGGCUGUGUUCAUGUUUGUGUGUGUGGAAACCUGUGGGAUUGUACAGCCAUGAAGCUUUUGAUUUGUAACUAAUCCAUGUGUGCUUUUGUUCGGAAGGAUGGAUGUAUUUUCUAAGUAGAUGAAGGGCUGUUGUUUUACAUGGCUAUUGCGUAUUUUCAUUUGGUCUGUAAAUGAGCGUUAAAAGACCUUUUGUUUAAAUGAAAAAAGGGGAAGGGAAAAUGUUAAUUGGAGGAAAAUAAAGUAUUUUAGGUCUUAAA